AUGGAGUGGACCGGCUCGCCCACCAAGAAGGCUUCGGCGUCCUUCGCCAUCCUCAACGAGAACGAGCGCAACCAGGUACGCACACAUUCACUUCACGAAAACAAAACAUAAAGCUCAUCUGACUCGUGUUUCCGCAGCCGAUGUUAAAGCGCACCUCCAGCGCCAUGCCAUUCCCACUUGCGACAUCCAAGCUCGCGAAUCGCAUGGUUUCAUCGCCAAAGGUACGUCACCCCUCGUGCUACGCGUGCAACGCGCGCGACUUAAGCAUCCCACGCGAACUUCACUUCUCCAUUUAGCGCUCUCUCACCACACCCUCGCUAACACAGCAUGCCUCGACAGCACAACAUGGACACGCCCGUCGACGAGCUCAUCGCCAAGCUCACCGCCCAGCAAGAGCUUCUCUCGCGCCAGAAGCGUGACAUCGAGGAGCACGAGAACCGCAGCAGCUCUUCCUCUCCCACUGACCCCUACGCCAACACGCCACCCACCGAGAGCGCUUCCAACGGCCGUCCAGAUGCCGCCGAAGUCUUCCGCUUGAAGAAGGAACUCGAGGCCGCCAACGAGCGCAUGGCCCAGAUGGAUCUACAACUCACGCAGUCCCGCCUUGCACAGCACACCAUGGAGGAGGCCAUCGGCUCCCCCUUUCCUGCUGCUCAACACCUGGCCGCCAACAUCCCCAGUCAGAACAUCAUGUCAGUCACGCAGAGCUUCCCGCAGACCAACGGCCACGGUCGUGCAGCGAGCCCAUUCGAGCGCGGUAGCUUCAACAUGCCGCAGCAUCAGUCGUAAGCUACCACGAAAAGUCCUCAUGAGGGUGUGCACAACUAACAUGUAGCAGCUUCGACUCUGUGCAAGGCCUACAGCGCCCUGCUUCCGGCUUCGGCACCCGUCCAGCGGGAUACACACCGCCCAUCACCCCACACCCAUAUCAGAACCAGUACGCACUCCAGGGUGCCACUCAUCCUCAACAAGCCCCUAUUGGCACGCGUCUCUCUCCGACUGCCGCUGAGUUCGGCAUGGGUCGUGGUCAGUGGAGCGUGCAGCAGCAGUCCCAUCAACCCGCUUCCUCCUACGCUAGCACGGCCGAGCCUCUCAACUACCGUCGCUUGCUGGAUCGCAACAUGAGCUGCAACUGGAAGUACAUCGUCGACAAGAUCGUCUGCAACAAUGAUCAGCAGGCAUCCAUAUUCCUGCAGCAGAAGCUCAAGAUCGGCACUCAAGAGCAGAAGUUCGAGAUUGUCCAGGCCAUCAUCGAUCAAGCCUAUCCUCUCAUGGUCAAUCGCUUCGGCAAUUUCCUCGUUCAGCGCUGCUUCGAGCAUGGCUCUCCCGAGCAAGUCAUUGCCAUUGCCCAGGCCAUCCGCGGCAAUACUCUGAACCUCAGCAUGGACGCUUUCGGCUGCCACGUCGUCCAGAAGGCAUUCGACUGCGUGCCGGAAGAGUACAAGGCUAUCAUGGUCCACGAGCUGCUUCGCCGUAUCCCAGAGACUGUCAUCCACCGCUACGCUUGCCACGUCUGGCAGAAGCUCUUCGAGCUCCGCUGGAGCGACUCGCCUCCACAGAUCAUGAAGUACGUCAACGAAGCUCUCCGCGGUAUGUGGCAUGAGGUUGCUCUCGGUGAGACUGGCAGUCUUGUGGUUCAGAACAUCUUCGAGAAUUGCCUGGAGGAGGACAAGCGUCCGUGCAUCAACGAGGUGAUGGCCAGCAUUGACGUCGUCGCUCACGGUCAAUUUGGCAAUUGGUGCAUCCAGCACAUCUGCGAGCAUGGCUUCAUCCCCGACCGCACUCGUGCCAUUGACCACGUCAUUCGCUUUGCAGCCGAAUACAGCAUGGACCAGUUUGCCUCCAAGGUCGUCGAGAAGUGCCUGAAGAUCGGUGGCAACGAGUUCCUCGACCGUUACCUUGACCGCGUCUGCGAAGCUCGUCCUGACCGCCCACGCAUGCCACUCAUUGACAUUGCUGGCGAUCAAUUCGGCAACUACCUCAUCCAGUACAUUCUCACCAACGGCGAUCCUCAGCGCCGUGAUAUUGUCGCUGCUCACAUCCGCAAGCACAUGGUCUCCCUUCGUGGCUCCAAGUACGGCUCCCGCGUUGCCAUGCUCUGCUGCAACCCAGCGUACACGACUCGUCCAGGACCCCCGGCUGGCAUGUCCCUCAGCCGCAACAACAACGGCUUCGCUGGUGACCGCUUCAACGGUGACUACGCCCGUCCAUACCCCAACGACCGUGGCUAUGGCAAUGAGCGCCCAUACAUGGGUCGCGGCGGUUACGGUGGUCCUUACCGCUGA